CCGUCAAUCAUACGACACUUUCCCCCGUUCUAAAAUUCAAUAGUCCGCAAUUAAUUUAUUAACAACCCCUCGAUGCCUCCGAAAAGCGCGAAAUCCCGUUUCCCAGAUAUCCAUUGAGCCCGACGAUGAAAAUUUCAUCAGAAUUCCCUCGUCCCAGUGUCUCAUUCACAAAAAUAAACUGUUAGGAACGAGGAAAAGAGGUUGGUGGAGGUGUUGAUAGAUCCUAAAACUCCACGUAAACACAGGAAACCGAUAUCAGUUAUCGUCUGGGAAGUUUCGGUUGAUAAAGGACUCGAGAAUGUUCAAGAAAUUCAAGGAUAAACUCGCUGAGGAGAUGAAGCAGUCCCCGGCGAGACUGCAGGCGAGCAUGCAGCAGUUGGCACAGGCAGUUGUCUCCCCGUCAGUCUCCAACACCUCCAUCCAGAGUCUGUCAGCAUCAAACGACAACUUCUCCCUCACAGAGGAGGGUGACGAGACCCCGAAGAACAGCCCAAGUCACCAGGGCUUCCACUCCGUGGACUUGACGUCCCCCAACUCCCUGGGUGUCUCCAGGCGUUCCUCAAUAUCCUCAGUGACAAGUGCUGACACAUCCUCCCUGUUUCCGAUCUACGAGGGCGCCCCCAGCACGUACCACCUCCACUCGGACAUGGACCAGUCAGCGAGUGAAGCUGACGAGAACAUUCCCCCGAAUCUCGAGAGGGUGACGAAGGAGCAGGUGUACAGCGCCUACAGAAAGGCCCAGGGGAAGUACCACAAGUACAGGGGGAGGUACACAGACCUGGCGACUCACUACAGGGAGAUGGAGAGGGUCAAGAGUAAAUUGGAGAGUCUUCUCGUGGAGACGCAGGACAAGGCCUUGAGGAGAAUUGCCGAUCUCAAGGAGCAGUGCCAGCUGGAGCAGCAGGCGAAAGCUCAUCUGGAGGAGGCACUCAGGAAUGAUAUCGAGGAGAAGGAUCAUGUCAUCGGGACGUUAAACACCAAGGUAAUGCUCUUGCAGGCGACGGCGUCUCCACCGGCUUCAGACCUUCUAGUGGACCUCUCGCCGCCUCUGGAGGAGUCCCCAGCCCCCGAGAACCUCGCCCUCAAGUCCAAGUUCGAGAAGCUGGAGGCCCUUCUCCAGAAGUACAAAGAAUCCCUCAGGAGGUCCAAGGAGAAGCUCCAGGAAGUGACGGAGGAGAAGAAUGUCCUGGAGAGGGACUUCGAGGCCCUGAGGGCCUCCAACGACGAGAAGUUUCGACUCCUCGAGGACGAUUUAAUCAUCUCCAGGGGGGAAAUCAAUAACCUGAGAGAUCAGCUCAACACCAUGAAGGGGAGGGAGGAAGAGUCAGCGAUUUCUCUAGCCGAGAACAAACUUUCCAUCCACAGAGAGCUUGAGGUAAAAGAGGAACAGAUCAAACAGUUGAAUGAGGAGUUGGAGAUGGCCAAGUUGAAUAAAAAUGAUGGCAUGAAAGAAGUUCAGAGAGAAAUGCAGGGAAAACUGAUAGAGUUGGAGGAGAGAAUGGGGUCUAAACAUCACGAGGAAGUAGAGAAGAAUAAAAAAUUGGUGGAAAAAAUUGAAGCAUUGCAGGAAGAAAUAGAUUUUCUGCAAAAGGAGAGGGAGAAGAACGACAAAUUGGAGGAGCAGUUGGAGAAAUUGAGGGAAAAGAUUGACUUUUUCCAGAGGGAAAAGGAGAGAAACGAGAAAUUAGAGGAGGAAUUUGACAAGUUGAGGGAGAAAAUUGAUAUUUUGCAGAAAGAAAACGAGAAACUUCCGGAAUCAAAUGAGAAAUUCAAGGAAUUGGCUGAGAAAAUUGAAUUUUUACAGAAAGAGAAUGAAAAAAUCAGGGAGAAAAAUGGAGUUUACGAAGCUGAAUUGUCAAAAGCUAGAGAAACUAUCGAAAAAAUGUCGAGGACAGAGUAUACAUCGUCUAAAGACGAAUUGAUUCAGACAUUGAACUCUAAAAUACAGAUUUAUGCUGCAGCUGUGCAGAAGGCAAAGGAGAAAAUAGACUCUCAGAAUUCGAGAAUUAAGGAAUUGUCUGAGGAUUCGAGUAGAGAGGAGCUCGAGGAGAAGAAUGUGGAGAUCCUGGGGAUCAGGAGUGAGUUGAAGUCUUGUAAAUCGACUGUUAGUGAUCUUAAAGAGCAGGUGAAGAGGAUCUCUGGGGAGGCUGAGCAGCUGAGGAGGGAGAGGAACUGCCUGAUUGCAAAUAUUCUGGAUUAUAGGCGGAGGAUUCAAGGGUUCAGGGACUGCUGCGAGGGGAUCAAGGAGGAAGUGAAGGGGCUCAGGGUCAGGGACGAGAUUGUGGAGGUGGAGAAGGUGCUGAAGGAGAAGAUCAAUGGGUUGAGAAGCGUUGAGGGGAAUUCUGAGAGGAAGAGGGAAGAAUUGUCGUUGGAAAUUGAAGAGUUGAAGGGGAAAAUUGAAGAUUUUGAGGGAAUUUCGAGGAGGAAUGAAGAAUUGGUGGGAGAAAUUGGGAGGAAAUCCUUGGAAAUUGAAGAAUUGAGUAGAAAAGCUGAAAAUUUUGAGGAGAUUUUGAGGAAAAACGAGGAAUUGUUAUUGGAAAUUGGAGAAUUGAAGGGGAAAAUUGAAGAUUUCGAGGAAAUUUCGAGGAGGAAUGGAGAAUUGAGUGGAGAAAUUGAGAGGAAAUCUUUGGAAAUUGAAGAAUUCGGCAGAAAAGCCGAGAAUUUCGAGGAGAUUGUGAGGAAAAAUGAGGAAUUGUCCUUGGAAAUUGGAGAAUUGAAAGCGAAAAUGAAAGAUUUUGAGGAAAUUUCGAAGAGCAAUGGGGAAUUGAGUGGAGAAAUUCAGAGGAAAUCUUUGGAAAUUGAAGAAUUGAGUAGAAGAGCUGAGAAUUUUGAGGAGAUUGUGAGGAAAAAUGAGGAACUGUCGUUGGAAAUUGGAGAACUGAGAAGGAAAAUUGAGGAAAUUUCAAGGAAAAAUGGAGAAUUUUCGUCGGAUAUUCAACGAAAAUCUCUGGAAGUUGAAGAAUUGAAGGACAGAAUUGACAAUUACGAUAAAAUUGUCCACAAAAACGAAGAAUUAUCCAACGAAAUUCAUCAAAAGGCUUCAGAAAUCGAGGUAAUGUCUGCAAGAUUGAACAAUUUCCAUGAAAUCCAGCUUCAAAACGAGCAACUAUCAUCAGAAAUUCACCAAAAAUCCUCGAAAAUCGAAGAAUUAACUAGACAAAUCUCCGCCAUGAACGAAAUAAUCCCCAAAAAUCAAGAGCUAUCCAACGAGAUUCACCAAAAAACCUCAGAAAUCCACGAACUGUCCUCAAAAAUCCAAAAACUAGACUCAGAAAUCACGAAAAAGGACCUCCAGAUCUCCGAGAUGCUCCAAAAAGUCCAGAACUUCGACGAAACCACGAGAAAGAACAACAAACUCAUCGCAGAGAUCGACAACCUCAACUUCAAGAUCUUCGAUCUCUCAAAAUUAAAACAACAACUCUCCCAACUCAAAGAAAAAUCCAAAACCCUAGAACUAGAAAACCAAAAAUUGAAGGACGAAAUGUUGACCCAAAAAACCCAAACCGAAGAGAUUGAAAUUUUGAGAUCAGAAGUUUCCAAAAACGAGAGAAUAAUCAGAGAAAAAACCUCAGAACUAGAAGACCUCCAGCAAAAAUAUUCGCCUCAACUAGAAGAACUGUCAGAUCUCAAAAUACAAUUAGAAAAUUCUCAGAAGAUGUUGAAAGACUCUCAAGAGGAGUCCAAUCACCUCAAAAUCGAAAUUUCUGAUAACCAGAGGCUUCUAGAGUCUUCUCAGCAACAAAUUCAGCAGCUGGAGGAGAACCUCAGGAUAAAAACGCAGGAAUUGUCUUUAAUCUCUGCCUCCACUUCUGACAAACUAAAAACGGAGGAAAAGAACCACAAAAAAGUCCUGGAAAAUCUGAAACAAACGGAGGAAAAAUUGUCAGCUGUAACUUCAGAGUUCGAGGCCUCGAAAAAUCGUGUCCAAGACACAGAACUGAAUCUCCAACACCUCCAGGCGGAGCACUCGAAGGUCGCCACCGAGAACUCCUCCCUGAAGGACACGAUAACAUCAAAAACCGAAUUAAUAGAGAAGCUCAAAAACCUCAAGAAUAAGCAAACGAAGGCGAUCCAGGACCUGGAGUCCAAGAACGAAGCCUUGAGGGCCACCUCCAGCCUCUCCAAGACCCAACAGGAGGAGCUCCUGGAGCUCCAGCAAAAAUUAUCCCAGUUAUCCUUCGAGAACUCUGAACUAUCAUCAAAGCUCUCGCUUGUGGAAUCCUCGAGGUCUGAAAUGGAAGCCCAACGUGAAGAGCUUCAGGAUCUAAAUAAAAAGCUCCAAAGUCUCCAGUCAGAGUCUAACGACUAUCAACUUGAGAUAAAAUCCCUGAAGGAAAUCCAGAACGAUCUCCAGACAAAAGAGGAGGAUCACAAAAGUAAUAUGAAGAAGCUGGAAGAACUGAACUCAUCUCUUCAAUCAGAGAUCUCGAGUCUCAAAAAUGAUCUCCAGGAGCAGUUAACGAUCUCGAGAUCGAGUCUGGAAGAAAAAGAGAGAUCUCACAAGGAGAGGGUGCAGGAAUUGGAGAGAGAAAGGGAGAGAAUUCAGAGAGAGAACGCCAUUCUGGUUGAAGAGAAAUCGAAAAAAUUAUCUGAGAAGGAAAAUGAGGUGAAAGAACUCCUGGAGAAGGAGUCCUGGACGAGUCAGCUGAUGGAGGAGUUGAGGAAGAGGUCGGAGAGGCUGGAGAUGAUUGAGAAAUCCGAGGGAAUGCCCCUGGGACAGCAGUCGUCGACGACAAUCAGAAGUGAAGAAGAGAAGAUCGAGGGUGAGAGACUUCACAAAUUAAUCGAGGAGCUCCAGGGGCAGCUGCAGGCCAUGGAGUCCAAGCUGAUCACCUCCCAGGCGAAGGAGUCACAGCUGGAGAUACUCAAUGAGGAGUUGAGGAGGGAGAUGGAGGGGCUGAAGGGUCUGAUGCAGACGACCGAGGAGGAGAAUGGGGUCAGGAUGACGCAGCUGGUGAAGGAGUUCCAGGCUCAGCUGCAGGACAAGGAUGGGGAGAUCCAGGCCGCCCUGGACAAGAAUUUCGAGAGGCAGCAGGGGUACGAGUCAGACCUGGUGCAGCAGUACAGGGAGCAGCUUAAGGAUUUCCAGGUGGAGCUGACUGCCAAGAGCCAGGAGAUCGAGAGCCUCAGGGGCAAGGAGAAGGAGGUGCAGAGGCUUGUGGACACCAUCACCAAUAUCAAGAGGGAGCAUGCUAAUGAAGUCAAUGAGGUGGAGAGGAAGUGGAAGAGUGUCAAGGCCAAGAGCGAACAGCUGGAGGGCAUGGAGAAAGAGUGGCAGAAGGAUAAAUUUAAUGAGGAUAAUGUAGGGCAGAAGGAAGAGGAAUUGGAGAAUAUGUCGAGAGUAGCUAUGGCUGCAGUUCAAUCGAACACAGGAUCAUUCCACUCUCUCCAGCAGACCCUGGUCUCUCAGAGACGAGAACUGGCUGAACUCCGGAAGAUAGUGAAACUGAGGCACGACGCACUGGAGGACUCGACGGAAAUCGAGUACCUCAGGAACAUUCUCUACGAGUACAUGAUGGGACGAGAGACCCUCGUCCUCGCCCGAGUGAUAGCUGCAGUGGUGAAAUUCGAUCAGGACCAGACGAACAAAAUCCUAAAAAAAGAAGAGGACAAGCUGACGCUCCUGGGGUCUCUGAGACUCUCCUAAGGGUUUAGAAUUUUUUGAGGAUGAGGAUUCAAUAAAGACCGCUGAUAUGAAACUGCCAGAACGUAAAUGGUGGUCCAGAAACCGAAGGGGUGAUGAAACGAGAGAAAUUUUGAAAUGAAAAAUUCAGGUGCUUUAUUUCGUUGAUAUCUCCGGCUCGAGAUUCACCAAAAAGCCUAAAAAAUCCAGAAAUUAUCCUCAAAAAUUCUACAGUUAGGCUCGAAAAUCACGAACAAAGACCUCCAGAUCUCCCAGAUGGUUGAAAAAGUAUAGAACAAGUUGAAGUUGAAUAAAAAUGAUGGGGUGAAGCAAGUUCAGAGGGAAACGCAGGGGAAAUUGAUGGAGUUGCAGGAGAGAAUGGGGUCCAAACAUCAUGAGGAAGUCGAGAAGAAUAAAAAAUUGGUGGAAAAAAUUGAAACUUUGCAGGAAGAAAUAGAUUUUCUGCACAAGAACAGGGAGAAGAAUGAGAAAUUGAGGGAAAAGAAGAGAAAUGAGAAAUUAGACGAGAAAUCUGAAAAGUUAAUUCAAAGAAAAAAAUCAUAUUUUGCAGAAAAAAAACGGGAGACUUCCAGGAUGAAAUGAGAAAUCGAAGGAAUUGGCUGAUUAAACUGAAUUUUUACAGAAAGACAAUGAAAAAAUAAGCGAAACAAAUGGAGUUUACGAAGCGGAAUUAUCAAAAGCUAGAGAAACUCGAAAAAAUGUCAAGGACAGAGGAAUAAUAUUCCAAAGAUUGAUUCAGAU